AUGGCAGAAUGCAUAAUCGGAAUGCUGGGGAAUGUUUUCAUCACACUGGUAAAUUGCUCUGAAUGGAUCAAGAAGCAAAAGAUCUCCUUAGCUGACUUCAUCCUCACCUGCUUGGCAAUCUCCAGGUUCAGUUAUCUCUUGGUGUCACUGUUCCUGUCAUGUAUACUAGAAUUCUCUCCACAUUUAUAUGCUUCUUACAAAGUAGCAAAAUCUAUAAACAUGCUUUGGACAAUGACUAAUCAGUUGAGCACCGGGUUUGCUACCUGCCUCAGCAUUUUAUACUUCCUCAAGAUAGCCCACUUCUCUCACUCCCUCUUCCUCUGGCUAAAGAGGAGAAUGGACAGAGUGGUUCUUGGCCUGUUUAUGCUUUGUAUGUUCUUGCUGAUACCUGAAUUUCUGUGGCUAGAUAAGCUUAAUGGCACCUUGUAUUUCUACAUCACAGAUAAAAGUAAUCUGACUUUCUUUUCAGAGGAAAAUGGAAGUCUUUUUGUAGAUACCCUGGUUAGUCUCACCUUGACCUACUUCAUCCCAGUUGUUCUGUCUCUGACCUCAUUGCUUCUUUUAUUUCUGUCCUUGGUGAGACACACUAGAAACCUGCAGCUCAACUCCAUGGGUUCCAGAGAUGCUAGCACACAGGUCCACAGAAGGGCCAUGAAAAUGGUGUUGUGUUUUCUCAUCCUCUUCACAGUGCAUUGGUUUUCCUCACAAUUGAUGGGUUGGAUAUACUUUACAUCGUGGAACCACAGGUUAUUUGUCUUUAUUUUGAUGGCAUUACACGCGUUUCCCUCCGGUCACACAUUUGUUCUGAUUAUGGGAAAUGCCAAGUUGCAUAAGGCAGCUUUGAAGGCUCUGUGUCAUCUUCAAAGAAACCUGAGAGAGGAGAGCAAAUCUUUGAGUUUUAUGGAUAGGUUAUCCAGAGUCUUUUCUAGGGAAUAA